UUUUUUUAUUGAAAAACUGCCUUCCAUAGAAACUGAUGGUUACUUUGGAUUAUAUAAUUUGCUUGAUAUGACGAGGUACAACACUGACCAAGGAGCUAUUAUGGACCAGCAAUUCUGUCUACGCUGGAACAAUCAUCCGUCUAAUCUUACUGGUGUGCUGACCUCCCUGCUGCAGAGGGAGGCGUUAUGCGAUGUCACAUUGGCCUGUGACGGUGAAACCGUAAAGGCGCAUCAGACAAUUCUAUCAGCAUGCAGCCCAUAUUUCGAAACAAUUUUCCUGCAAAAUCACCACCCACAUCCCAUAAUUUUUCUAAAAGAUGUCAGAUACUCAGAGAUAAGAUCACUUCUCGAUUUUAUGUACAAAGGCGAAGUGAACGUUGGUCAAAGUUCUUUGGCUGCGUUUUUAAAAACAGCUGAGAGCUUACAGGUUCGAGGAUUAACAGACAACACAAAUUUAAACUAUCAAACCAGUUGUGACAGGAUGAGAGAUACGGACACGACAUCGCCCUCUAAUAACCGUGAAUCACGAGAAAGAGAACGUGAACGAGAACGGGAACGAGAGCGAGAUCGUGAAGGUGAUCGCGAUCGCGAACGUGAACGAGAACGUGAACGUGAUCGUGAACGUGAACGUGAAUUACAUCAUCGCAGUAGUAGUAGUUUAAGUGGUGGUGGUGUUGUUGGUAACCGUGAAGGUAGCAGUGGCAGCAGUGCUACUACCAUUGUUGGCAAUAGUAGUGUCGUAAAUGCAAGCCUACAAUCGGCCACAGCUUCGGCUUUAUGUUUAAGCGAACGAUCUCCUAGCGUUGGACCUGGCAGCGGCGGUGGAGGUGGUGGUGAAAGUGGUAGUUUAACACCAACAAUUGCAGGCAGUGGCAGCAAUAGUGCUGGUGGUGUUAUCAUCAAUGAAAGGGAGCGAGAAAGGGCAGACAGUCGUGAUGAAAUAAUGCAGCUAGACUAUAGUAAAGAUAGAGAUCGUGAUAGAGAAAUGUCUACCACUCCGGUAGAUCAUAAUAUUAGUAGUAAUAAGAGAAGACGUAAGAACUCAUCCAACUGUGAUAAUUCGUUAACCUCGACGCAUAACGCAAAUGUACAGGACAGGCAUUACACUCAGGACUCUCAGUCAUCAAAACCGGAUGAUGUGCCAGCUGAAUUACAGCAGGCUUCGAGGCUUUUUAUAACAUUGCUUAAGGCAUCCUCCCAUAGUAAUUAUAAAUCGAGUCCCGCGCCAAAAACAGGAAACAAUUCAGAAUCAGAGGAGACGGGUGGUCGUCGUGACUCCCCUUUAUCAGGAAGUCAAGGAGUUGGUCUCAGUCAAUCGCUAAGUAUUAAACAGGAACUAAUAGAUGCUCAGCAACAACAACAGCAACAUCAUGCAUCAUUACCCCCUGAAUUGUUGCCGUCUGGAGGUAUGAAAUUACAUCCUGAGGAUAUGUCUAAUUUAUUAUCUUCGCAUGGCCUUCAAUCAGAUUCCAUCAGAGAGGACCAAAAUGAUGUCAAACAAAUGCAAUUGGAUCAAUCUGAUAACAUUGAUGGGCCGGGGGGACGUCAUCAUCUUUCAACUCCCUUAUCGACAACAUCAUCAUCAUCCCCACCACCCCCGCCAUUUGCAAUGCAUUUUAAAAAUGAAUACCAUCAUGCGUUAGGAGGACAUGAUGUUGGAAUUUAUCGUACUGGCAGUGGUAGCCUUGGCGGAAGUAUUGGCAGUGGUGGAGCUGGUAGUAAUGGUGGUGGUCAUCAUCAUCAUCACCAUCAAGGAAUUGGACCAACUUCUGGACCUGGAGGUGCAGGUGGUGGUGGUGGUGGCGGCGGCGGUGGAGGAAGUAGUCACAAUUCACAUCAUCAAAUGUCCUAUCACAAUAUGUUUACCCCCUCCCGUGAUCCAGGCACAAUGUGGCGCUGCAGAUCGUGCGGCAAGGAAGUGACUAAUCGAUGGCAUCACUAUCAUUCACAUACCGCUCAACGUUCCAUGUGCCCAUACUGUCCAGCCACAUAUAGUCGAAUUGAUACGUUGCGUUCACACCUGCGAGUUAAGCAUCCUGACAGAUUACUCAAAUUAAGUUCUUCAAUGUAAAUAUAAAAAUAUAUCUAUGUAUAAAAAAAAAACACUAAAACAACAAAACAGAAAGAAGAAAAUGACUUUACACUGUUAAAAUUAAAAAAAAAAAAACAAUUUGUUUUUUCUCUUUCAAUAGUUUGAAAUGUAAUUAAUUUAAUUUUUUUGUUUUUACUCAAUAAUUUUCCUAUUAGUUUUAUAUAUUGAAAUAAUAAAUAAAUUUUAUAGCAUUUAUUAGAUUUUAUAAACUCUAUAAAGAAAAUUAAAAUAAAAAAUUAAAUAAAAUCUGCCUAGCAAACGCUAAUGCAGAAAACUCUUUACACCAGUCAAUCAAUCAAAUCUAGAUUAUUAAUAAGAGUUAAACUUCUUCCUUCAUUUUGUAAUGAUUUAAAACAAAAAAAAAAUAGAUACAAUUUAUGAGCUUAAAUUUGAAAAUUCUAAAAAUCAUUAUUAAAUUUAAUAAUCUAAAAAAAUCUAAUAAUAAUUAUUACAUCUUAAACAAAAAUUUAAAAAUUGGCAACAAUACUAAAAAAAAAAAAAAACAGUAAAACACUAAAAUAUAUCUAGAUAAACAAAAUAUUAUUUUUUUUAUUCAUUUUUUCCUUCUAUAAAUAAUUAAAUGCUCUAAAAUUUUGUUAUAAUUUAAUUUUGUUUCAAUAAAUCGGUUUCAAAACAAAGAACCGUAACAAUAUAGUCAUUUCCUGUAAAUUCUCGCGAAAUUCAGGGAUCAUAUUAGUCAUACAUCUAGAUUUUGUUUAAAUAAUUUCCUAUAAACUAGCAUAAAAAAAACUAUAAAUAAAUUUAAGUUGCGCCACACUUAAAAGAUAUAAAACAUUAAUUGACAAAGAAAAUUACAACCUAAUUUAUAUCUUUUAUGUUAUUCAAUUUUAAAGAGAAAAUAAAAUGAGUUUUUUUAACACAUACAAAAAUCUAAAUACCUCAAAAUGCAUUUCUAUUUUAAUGUUAAUUUUAUUACUGUCAGUUUUUUUUUAUUGUUAUUUAAAGAAAAAAAAUAUUAUAUUUAAAAGUAUGUAAUUUUUUUAAAGUUUAAUUUAGUUUGUAAGUUUUUUUUUUUUUGUUUCCUAAUUUAGGUACUUGACUCGAAGCUUAAGAAGCUAGAGAACAAUAGGCUAUGGUUUGUUUAAACAAAUACAUUUUUAUUUAUAAGUACUACGUUCUGUUUUUUUCUAUUUGUUUUAAAAUAUGUUGUCAAUUAAUUAAAUAAAUUUAUUAAUUUAAAAAAAAUCCAGUGCACUUUUAAAUUUAAUUAAAUAAUUAUACAUACUAAAAACAAACGCAUUUAAAACACGCAUUGUUUUUUUUUUUUUGUCUUUUAUAAGUGAUUGGCCAUGAAGUUGACAGGAAUUCCUAAAAGUGUGUGAGUUUUACUUGUGGAAAAUUUUGAAACUUAAGACUUUUUUUUGGUUUGGUCAUAAAUAAAAGCUUAAUGUUAAUUAAACAUAUGCUUUAACAAAAAAAAAAAUAAAACUAUUUAAAACAUUUUCAAUUUGAUCUCUUAACUCCACACAAAAUGUAUAUUCCUGAUGUUGAAAUUAAGUUUAAGAUCCAUAAGCUAAUACCAAAAUGCUUUAAAAAAAAAAAAAAAAAACAAAAACAAAAAAUAAAAUUAGAAAACCUCGCAGGAGAGAUCUGUGGCUUAUGUUAUGUAAAUGAAUAACUUUAAAUUUCUGUCAACUUCAUAUAAAAAAUAAUUAAAAUCAAAAACUAAAAAAAAUUAAAAAUUUAUUCUUAAAAAUAAUCGUGCUUCAUUUUAAAUCAACGAAUAUCCUUAAAUAUCAGUUUUAGUGUACAUAGAAAAUUUUGUUUAAAAAAAAAAUAAUAAAAUAAUAAAACAAGAAAAAGUCAAUUCUUGAUGCUUUUUAUUAUGGUAUGCAACAAAAAAAUAUAUAAAAAAUAAAAUUCAAAACAAACAUUUUUAAAAACUUGAUUCUCCAAUCAAAACACAAACAAGAAAAAAUAUAAAUAAAAUCCAUAUCAACUUUCACUACAUUUAUAUACAAGAAAAAAAAACAGAAACUAACACAAAUCUAGAAUAUAUUUUCAAUACCUACUUUCUACAACAAAAUCAAAAUAUGUAUAAUAUCAAAUCAAAUAAGAUAAUUAUCUUUAUAUAUAACAAAGCCUACAUGAUUUUACUGUGAAUUUUUAAGACAGGUAAAUUUAAAAAAUCCGUCUUUUCUUCAUACUAUAACAAAACUAUGCAACAAAAUAUUUUUAAAAAAAUCAAAAAAUUAAAAUUAAAUAAGUUCAAUUGUUUUUUAUAUUUUUAUUUAUAAAACAGAGCAUAUAACUCUCUUGGCUUUUAAGUUGUGUUGAAUUAUAGAAAAUCACAAGACCCAUUCUCUCUUAACACAGCGAAAUGUUAUUAAGAAACCAAGAAUAGUUGAUAUAGAAAAAGUGCCAAGACCUUAUGUUAAAAAAAAAAAAAAACAGCUUUUAAUUAAAUUUGUUUUCUACUAAUUUCUUUGUUAUUUGUAUGUCUUAACGAAACCAUCAAAAUAAAAUUAAUAUUGAUUUGAAUUGAUUUAAAACAGACGAAAGCAAAAUUAUAUUAAAAAAAAGGCUUUGUGAUAUCCCAAAAUUUUGUUAUUUGUGGUUCGUUAUUAUAAUUUGUUUAUAUUUUACUUUUAAAAUUAAAUGUAUAUCCAAAUUUAAAAAAAAAAUAAAAAAUUAAUGUGAUAUUUAUUUUCGGAAUUUGAAAUUAAUUGGCUAUGUUAAAAUUAAUAGUUAAAAUUAAAGUGUUAUUUUGUUGUUAUUGGUUUGGCAAUUAAAUUUUUCAAAAAAUAAAAAACUAAAGAAACUUAAAAAAUAAAUUUUCUUAGCUUUAAUAAAUAAAAAAUUAUAAAAAUAAAUCUUAAAAUUCAAUGCACUUAAAAUUGUAAAUAAAAAAGAAAGUUUUUGAAACAUAAAAGAAAGGAUAUACUUUAUAAAAAUAAAAACUGGCCAGAAUAAUUAAUAACUCUUUUUUAAUUGUACUUUUAUUAAUAACGAACAAUACUUAAAAAAAAAAAAAAAACAGAAAUAAAUUAAAUAUCAAAAUGUAAAUAUAUUUUUCUACAUAAUUUUAUUUCUAAGACUCAUGAAAGAAAAAAAAAAAACAAAAUAAUAUUGUAGAAAAAGAAAUUAAAUUUUAAGAAACAAAAACAAAUUUAAUUGGGGAUUGAGCAGAACUGUUGCUUUUUAUUUCAGCUAAAUUAGAAUUAUUAAGAUUCCCUGUAAAAUAAUAUUAUUAAAACAAACAAAAAGAUAAAAUCUUUAUAGUCAUAUGUAUAUGAAAAAAAGAAAUAGUUGUGAAACUUUUGUGUAACAAAAUGUAGGUGUUUGCAUAAUCUUUUAAAAAUUAAAAAAAAAACAAAAUAUAAAUUCCCUUUAAAAUAAAAACAAAA